AAUAUAUUUGUUUUAUUCUAACUUAUUGCACCAGUGCAGCGCGCAGUGCAGGAAUAAAAAACAGACUUAAGAAUAUAUUCAGAUCAGUGUCUUCGUCUCUGCGUCGCACCAGCGCCACACGGUCUAACCGGAGCGGAGACAGCUGAGGACAGCUGACGCUCAUACUGAUGGUGUCAUUGGUGUCAAUCUGUUACGUGUCCGUGAUCACUCGUGAUCAACGUUAGAAAAUCGCUCGCAACGAAGAGAUUUCCGAGAAGACCUGGAAUAUCGAGUCUACUGAAUUCCGUUGAAGGAAGGGAGAGAAGAGACGACGGGGGAUUGGCGACGGCCGCGCGACGACGACGACGAGAUAACCAAGAAAGUCGAUUGCGGACCGCCGAUAUAGGUUCGGCUCGUGUAAACACAGCCGCGUAUUAGACGCGACCAUGAGCGACCGCGGCUCAGUCGGGUUCGGCUGUGGACGGUCGCUCGUCGUCCGGUGAGAGAGCGAGAGGGUACCGCGGUACCCGUCUUAUCUGAAACAUGAUGUGCCGCACCAUGAUAAGACCCGCAGCAGCGUAAGAUUGGGAAUCUCGCCGUGACUCAACUGAUAUCGAUCUAUAAGAAUCAUGUAAAGUGACGUGGAGGAACAGCGUCGCCGUAGCGUAGUUUGUAUAGUCGCGAUAGAAAAAGAGAGAAAGAGACGCAACAAUGGGUUCCAUUGCUCUGGAGGAGUAUGAGUUGAUGAAGGACUCGAAGUAUCGAGUCUAUGUGUCCGCUGUUGACAAGGCCUUGAAGAGCUUUGAGUACACGAGCGAAUGGGCAGAUUUGAUUUCUGCCUUGGGUAAACUUAAUAAGGUGUUGCUGAGUCAUAUGAAAUUCCCUGUUAUCCCAAGGAGAAUCAAAAUAUCAAAGAGAUUAGCCCAAUGCAUGCAUCCAGCAUUACCUUCUGGUGUUCACUUGAAAGCUUUAGAAACUUAUGACAUUAUUUUUAAGUGUAUGGGCACUAACAGGCUCAGCCAUGAACUCUUCAUCUACAGUGCUGGCUUAUUUCCAUUACUGGGUCAUGCCGCUAUGAAUGUUAGACCGUCAUUACUGACGGUAUAUGAGACACACUUUGUGCCACUUGGCGAAAGAUUAAGACCAGGAUUAAGUGGGUUUUUAAGUGGCGUUCUCCUAGGCCUAGAAGAUGGAUCUGAUCAUUUUGAUAGAACUAAUUCCUUGCUGGAGAAAGUGUGCGAGGGUGUGGGCGCGGAACACUUUUAUGCAUGCCUCUGGGACUGCUUGGCUUCAAACUCUGGCAUUCGAUUACCCGCGAUAUCGUUUGUGCUAGCGCACUUCAAUAAGAAACUGCCGAUGGAGGAGCAAAAGUAUAUUAUGGGUACUAAUACUAAAAUUAUGAUUUCUGCUUUAUGUGCUGGAGUGCAAGAUACCUCAGUGCUGGUGCAGAGAAGUGCGUUGGAUUUUCUUUUGAUAGCUUUUCCUAUGCAUAACAGUCAAUUGGUGCAUCAAGAUAUGAUAUUGUUAAUAAAAGCAGCUCUAGUUACUAUAUUACGAAGGGACAUGAGCCUAAACAGGCGUUUGUUUGCUUGGCUUUUGGGCACCGAAGUGAGCACAUCAAUUUUAAAGAAGAGAAACAAUCCUACAACUGCAGAGACUAAAGAGGAUGUAACGUACUUUGAUAUGUAUUCAAAGGAAAUGCUAGUUGAAGCGAUAAAAUAUCUACUUAAAGAAGUGUGCGAAGAAAACUUACAAGAUCUGAAGCCAUAUAGAAUACUUGUCUCAUUACUCGAUAAGGUGGAUAUUGGACCAAUAAUUUUGGAUGAUAUUCUGUUUGAAGUGUUUAGGACAUUUUAUAAUGCAUGCAAACAGUCCACGUCGAGUCACGCGCCGAAAGCAAAUGAAGUGGUAAAGUCCGCGAAUCUGUUAUUCUCGACCUUGGAACCAUCAUAUAUCUGGACACAUUGUGGGCAUCUGUUUGAGAAGGCCUGUAACGCCAGAGCGAGGACGCAAAUUGCGAUUGAAAACAUUGCUGUGAGACCAGUCAGCAGUGGGAUGCCGAAUCUCGUGGAAGUAUGCAUGCUAACAGAAUUCUUGCUUGAGACUGUAUCGUUGGAUGCGUUUAUAGACACGCCGUCUGAACAUCUUCCUGGCUUAUUUUACGAAAUAACCAGCAAACUCUUACAUCAUAAUAAUAUCUUGUCUCCAAUGGAGAUUUCGAAGAGUCUCACAUUGUGCGCCAAGAUCUUGUCGAAAGUGCAACCGGCAAUGAUAACGACUCACGCAGACAAGUGCGAAGUGGAUACUAAGCUGGAUACAUCUUUAAAUAACAUAACGGUUCCCAGCGAUAAUUCCCUUACAGCAAUUCCUCUAGAGAAGAGUCAAUCGGAUAGUAAAUUGAAUAAACCGGAUACAUCCGGUAUCUCUUUUGUGGAGAAAAGCCCAAGUACAAGAAGAAGAGCCAAUUCUGGCAGCGCCACUAAAAGAAGCGAAAAAAAGUCGAAGAAGAAAGCGAGCAAGAGCACCCCCAAGUUAAGUGACACGUACACCAUACGAGCCGAUGGCAGUAACAUAUCUGUUGUGGUGAGCGAGGAUACAAGAUCUUUAUCUAGAAAUAAGAGUAUGGACGACAUUAAGGCGAGCUGCGUCGAAAUUGACGGAAUCUCUUCGUUGAAAAAUCAGUCCUCAGACAGUCCUCAUCUGUCGACGUUAAAACACUUAAAGAAUGUCACUCCAAUGGGAUCGACGGGAUCCCUGUGUAGAGGACCAUCUCCGGCGUUUCAGGCACAGCACUCCAUGUUGGAGAAGUGCCUUCGGCAAUAUGAAAUAUUUUACGUUAAAUUGAUUAGCAACCGAAUACUCACCAGAGAGAGAACGGUGCAGAAUAUGUUCGAUCAUUUAGUGGUGUCCUGUCCGAGAAAGAGUUUUGACGAGAUAAUGCGUCACUUGGAAUGCCUACUGAAUUCCAGAUUAAACGUAGAUGACUCUGGAUUCUUCAGUCAAGACACGUCCGUAACCCAAGAGGAUACCAAGUGCCUGGAUAUUUUUCACCUAUUUCUCGACAUGGCGCCGAACUCAGAGUGGAUUGAAGCCAUGAAAAUAGCGUCUAGUUUAUUCGUUGAGCUGUCCACAUUUCCAAAGUACUUUUUACCUGGUGAUCACGAUGUACUAGUGGAAGAGGAGGAACCAAAGUUUGAGCAUGUUCUUCCGGAUUGGUUGAAAGUUUUGAUAGUCUGUUGCUGUUGGUUGCAGAAACAACCCGCACUACAGUUAACAAGCAUCGCCACAUUACUGGACCUAGUAGCACUGUUGAAGGCACACAACGACGUCGAGACGCAUCCGAAAAGCGGAGAAGGCAUGACGACGGUUAUUAUUGUGCCCCUGUUGAAACAAUGGCAUCUAACUUACUUAAUACAGUACACUAAUGUAUUUCAAGUAUUGGCACAUUCCUUGUGGAAUCAUUUGGGUGAGCUUCCCGCCCAUAGAUUCAGGAUGCGUUGUGUGGAACUGUUGCAUGAAUUGCAUCACGCUUUGUAUGACUCCUACAACGCAGUCGAAAAUUUAAUAGGAUCCGCACUCACCUCCGAGAAUCCUGAGAAAAGGAUCGAAUCCUUCAGUAGAUUCGCUACUUUAUGGCAUUUAGGACGAGAAAUUGAAACAAAUCCAAGGUUGCGUGGUUGUCUUAGAAUUUUUGACCAAUCUUUAUUGAAAAUGUUGGACAAUCUUCAGCUUGCGGACAAUUCGCCGUUAAAAUUGCAGGCUCAAUCAUGGCUGCUACAUUCCUUGAUGCGCGGUGACAUAUCGCGCGUAAUAGAUCCUCUGCUGACAAUACUAUUGGAUCCAUCCACAUGUCGUAUGAGCGUUCUUCACGUGAGUAUACAGCACAGCAAUACCGUCCUAACGAAGAACGAUCCCGUGGAGGAGAAGUCGGAAGUGCAAGACGACACGGAGGGCGCCGCAAAGAUUUACGCGAUCAGUUCGGUCGACGGUAACGUAAUAUAUCAUGUGAGCGAUAACGUGGACGAAGAUAAAAAGUGGAAAAAGGGUAAGAAGAAGAAGCAGGCAAUUAAUCCUGUGAAGAUAAAACGAAUCUUCGCGGUGACAACACUGGCGACAGGUGACAAUUGUAAUCACUAUGUCACCGAAAGAAAUCAGUUUAUGAAGGAACUCGAAGUACCGCCUAGCAUAUCCGGUAAUAGGAAGAUUUCCGUGUUCGUAAAUCCCCUCUCAAUUAACUGUAAUGAAAAUUCGAAUGAUUCCUUGACGGAGGAUGACUCGCUACCAAGUAUACGCAAGACUAACCUGACAACAGAGUUGCUGAAAAACGCCACUCGGUUCAAAAAAAUUGAUUUUGAUAAAGGUUCUACUGCCAGUUUAGACGAAAGUCUCUUUGACUCGGCAAAUUCCAGUCUGAAGGCAAAGGAUAAGAGUAGCUAUAAGAAGCUAAACGAGGAUGUUGAUUCAUCGUCGGACUCCAUAACAAACAGUCUAGACUCGAGCAGCCCCGAAGUAAUUAACAAACAGUCCAAACAAAAGAAGGAAACUGUCCUGAUGCCAGGCGGUUCCAGAGAAGUGGCAGGCACUAUUAUAAAGGGCAGAUAUUACAGCACGAACGAGUUCAGCGCAAAUUACGAUCAUGAUAUUAAUAGUUUUGAAGCAAGUGCAGAGGUGCCCAGCUGGACAAUGGAUGACGAUGGCGAGCUGGACAUCAGCACCACCGCAGAAGAAUAUUUCAGUAAUUCCAGCAGUACCAGUGUAGUCGAGGAGAUUUUGAACGAAGUGUUCGAUCGCGCGAUGCAAUUGUGCAACGUCGUCGAACCAUCUAAAAGUGAGGAAGCUCUGCAACAUAACGCAAAAACUAAUCGAAAUGUCGGCCUGGGUGUUCACAAUCUUCACUCUCACAUGUUACUCUACUGCGGAGUAUACGAUUCGGCCAGGACUCUUUACGCUCUGCGCACUCUUAGGAACGAACUCUUGACGAACACGCGAAUGUUUUUGUGUUGCGCAGCGACAACUGGUGUUGCGAACGCAACAAAGAACACAGUGUUGUUAAACUUGUUAGCAAGACACAGAAAAAGUGUUUUUGGCAGGAACUUUCAUGGUGAUAUAGCUAACACGGAAUUUAUCGCAGCUUACAGAAGUAGCAUGUAUCUAGAAGUAUUGAUAAGCGUCUGUUUAUAUUUCGCGAGAAGCUACUAUCCAAAUCUAGGACAAAUGAGACUUACAUAUGAAGAGAUUGCGGGUAAUCGCCAAGUACAACUUGCAAGUGCCGAAUUAUUAACGCUAAUAUUUUCCGAGUUAAUACCGAUUGUCCGUGACUCUGGGAAAGGCUUUAGCUGUUACAUAGUUGAUUUACUAACUAAAUGUAAAGUACAAAAAGUUGCUCUGCAUUGUCUUGUGUCCAGCGUUAUGAGCAUGAAGAACGCUCACAAGGAGAACGAGGAUGUUUUCACAUUUACUGAAGAAAUCGUACUGUUUAAUGAUCCGUUUAUUGACAAUGACAACGUAAACAAAUGUAAAUAUAGAGCAAGUGAUCAUACGGAAGCUUUCCAGAUACAAUUGUUACGACUAUUGUUAGCAUUAAUUAUGUUGGAACAUCAAUGUAAUAAUCAAAAAGGAGAAGAAAUUAAUUUGACGGUAUCGCCUGUACCAAGCUCACCAACACGGGCAUCAAACUUAAUCGGGAAUAAUUUGAAAUAUAUCUCUGGAGCAGCAAUACCACAGCAAUCAAUGUUUCUUGCUAGCAUUCUUAACGCCCUGCAACUUGAUCAUAUGAGACAUCUUCAUCAACAUUGGACCACACUUGUUACCUCUAGCCUGCCUUUUAUGGGACCGUCUUUAACAUCCGUUGUAACAUCGGUUAUUCAUCAAUUAUGCAGUAAUAUCGAGCAACUAGCAUCAUAUUACAUUAGUGAAGAACCGUCGUUAACAUCGAAAUUACAAGACAUAAGUACAGUAGAGUGCUGCUUGCCCGCAGAUUACACUGUAACACAUUUGGAGGCUCUGACAUAUUUACUACAUUACUGUUUAUUGGAUACCUCACAGCAAAUUGGAUUCUCGUUUAAUCAGCCAUUAAGUGGCACAAUACAAACAGGAAUUCCCGGUGCCAAUCCCGGGCAGAUAUUCAACAAUCUCAUACAUGUUUUCAUGCCCAGUCCACUCUCUCCGGAUUUAUCUACAGCGAAAGACAAAACUGGUGCAAACGAAUUGCAACAACAUGCCAGAAAAACAGCGUUAAGUCAUUUGCCAAGAAUAAUAGCAUCAUUGUCUGCCUUAUGGCAAGCGGUUCUAGCAACAAAAGACAACGAACAAGCCAGUUGUGUAGUGGGUAGUCCAAGAAUAGUCAAAUAUCAGUUGUUGGAACUUCUAUCUCCAAUCUCUUUCCAUCAUGGAGCUAAUUUCUUGGCUGCAGUCGCAGUCGCCUGGCACGAAAGACGCCAGUCAUCCGCCACGUCAAAGAAGAUAUUACCAGAAGCUUGCCCCAAUCAGCAAGUAAUGGUUCAUCUUGUUAGUGCGAUUCGUGUUAUGCCCAUUGAUACUUUGGUGCACACUGUACAUCAAGUAGUAAAAACGCCACCGCCGAUACACGGGAUCAAGCAAGAUUUCUCAUUAGAAGUCUCGGUGCUGGAAUUACUUUACGUAUACAUGCAGAGUAACACGUCACAAUCGCUCAUCGAAUCUUGGGCAUCUUUGCUCAGUUUAUUGAAAGAUGGUCUGUCGCUAACAGCACCUGCCCAAUUCCUUUUGCUGGCUAUAUUGAACGAAUAUGUACAGAAAUGCCCACCUAUGCAAGAAAAGAAAGAUAUCAAAGACUUGCAAGACGUGUCUGCCAAGUUGAUCGAAUCGUGUUCGCAAAUAGCUGGUGCCUGUUUAGAGCAAACAACGUGGCUAAGAAGGAAUUUGGCCGUCCGAGAAGACGUCUUCGAAGUCGUGGAAGGCUCUUCGGAAGGUAAAGAGGGAAAAAAUGGUGCUGUAACACCCGGAACCCCACCUAACGCGGCGUACAGCGUUCAAGCACAAGCGGUAUUAGCGGAAAUACUCGCGCCGCUGUUGGACGUCAGUUACGGUUCGCAAGAGAAGGAGCGCGUAGUAACGCUCCUGACAAACCUCAUGUACAACGUUACACCUUAUCUAAAGAAUCACACGAUAAAAAAUAUCGCCUCGUUCACUGCCUGUUCUCAAUUAUUGGCAUCCUUAUCAGGAUAUCAGUACACAAGAAAGGCAUGGCGCAAGGACGUUUUAGACUUGUUACUCGACACGGCCUUUUUCCAAAUGAUCCCAGCCUGUCUACCAUAUUGGAGAACUAUAAUAGACAAUCUAAUGACACACGACAACACUACUUUCAGAGAUUUAAUGAAUCGCGUCUCUAUGGCUCAAGGCAGUGGGAUUAGUAUAUUUUCUUCAAAAGAGCAGGAAUACGAGCAGAAAGCACAGCUCUUGAAGCGUUUGGCAUUCGUUAUCCUUUGCAGCGAAAUGGAUCAGUAUCACAAAUAUAUGCCAGAAAUACAAGAACGUUUAGCAGAUAGUUUACGCCUACCUCAAGUAAUCCCGUCUAUUCAAGCGCAAGUGUUCCUCUGUUUUCGCGUACUGCUAUUAAGAAUGUCACCACAACACACAACGUCCUUAUGGCCAGUCAUAGUUAGCGAGCUUGUUCAAGUAUUCCUCUACAUUGAGCAGGAAUUGAGUACAGACAGCGAAGAAUUUAGUCGUCAUAGCAGCUCGCACAUUAAACUAUUAUCAGCACUGGACUCGUCAUGGGCUGUGAACGCUAGUAAUGGACUUCAAGCACAUGGGCAUCCUCACUGGUUGCAAUUGCAGCUGGCUGCCGCCAAGCUGCUAGACCUCGCGUUACUGUUGCCCGCGCAUAGAUUACCACAGUUUCAGAUGUAUAAAUGGGCAUUCGUCGGAGACGCAGCAGCAGGUUGCAUUGAUAACAACAACUUAUCCUCAGACUUCGUGCCGCACAUUACAAGAAUAGCAAAAUUGAUGGACAAUAAGUUCAAAUCAGAAGGUCCAUCGCCCAAAAGAAAUCCGGGGGAGCUUCUACUAACAUCGAAUAACGUUCGCUCUUUGCAAGAUCUGCAUCAUUUCUUCUCGAGCCUUAGUCGCGCCAUGUGCGACACAUAUGUGCCGAUAAAUAAUACGCAAUUGGAGACUGUAAUUGAACAGGACUUCCUUGAGAAAAUGCCAGCCGUACCAGCGAGAUAGUAAGGAUGCUAGCAAAGCUAAUUAAGUACUAUGUAUAAUUCGUUCGCCAAUCGGGAAGAGAAAUAUGUCGUCAAGACGCUUUAUCCUUUGAUAUAUUUAUAAUGAAUAUAUACACAAACUUUCGCGCGCGCUGCACCUAAGUCUAUACGUAAAUAUUAUAUUGUACAAAUGGCACAAUUAAAAUACAAACAUCCAAGAAACGCGUCGACCGCUCCUGUUUUUUCUGCCGUUAAACAUUUGGAAUAUUCGCUUAACAAAGAAAAGAAUAAAAAAAGGAUUGUGAAGAAUGUAUCAAUGUGAAAAGUAUAAUAAAUUUAAAGAUAAAAAUGAGAAUUUGAACGUAUUGCACGAGAUAAAAAACAGGAUCGAAAAGUAUUCUUCGCAGACAAAUCGAUCAUGAACAAAAUGAAAAGUUUUUUUAUAAUUGAAAACUGGGAGCAUGAAUCUGGAGCGUAUAAAAUAACAUUUGAUGUUUUUCGUUACUGGUUUUUAUUAGUUAAGCUUUCGAUCUGUCUCCUCAUUCGGUUGUGAAUAGUUGUCAGCAUGUACAAUAUGGCAAGCUAAACUCGCUCGUUGGCCUGCUGUUGUAAAAUGUAUAGAGCGUGUACAGUGUAACAUAAUAUUUAUACAGAACGAGGUCUUCCCACUAUUUCACACACACACACACACACACACACACACACACACACACACACACACACACACACACGUCGGUCUCGCUGAUAAUUUCAAAUUUUUUUUCUUUUAACUUUGCAUUAUACAAAAUUUUAAAGUGGUAAGCCGCAAAAAGUUUCUUCACAGAUCUGAAUAACAAAUGCCAAGCUGAAAUACAGGCAAUAAAAGAUAGAUAGAUGGAAGGUAAAAAUUCCAUUAAUUCUCCAUCUUGUAAUAUAAAAUUGUUGAAUAUUAAUUGUGGAAGUUCAUAAGGAAGUAGAAUGUGGAAGUUCAUAAGGUUUUAAUGGAAAUAAAGAUCUCUUGAGACAGUUCAGUUAUGUUGUCGACGACGUUACCUGCAAAUGUUUUCGCAUGCUUGUUAUCGCGCUAUACAAACAUAAUCUUGUCUUUCGUUGCAUCAAAACAAACACACUCGAUGUUAUGCGUUUCAAACUACCUGGACGCAAAAAAAAACACUGAGAAAACUUAUGAACUUCUGUCUUAAUUAUCUAAUAUAAAGUUAUAUCGUUAUUACCGAGCGCUCUAUAUUUUAACGAACGGACUUUCUAUGUAAACCGAUAAAUCGAUAUUACAUAAUAUAUAUCGCCAUAUAAACGACACGUGCUUGAAAUAAGACGUUAUAUUUUUAUGAGAAAUUAGUUUAAUAUAUACUAAAAAGAAAAAUCUAAUACCAAGAAUAUCUACUUAAUCCGGUGUACCCGUACAAGCUUCUGCACACAAUUAGGAAAAUAAGAACUUAAAGGUAAUAUUAGGACAUAUAAUAAAAAAAUGUACGUUAUCUAUUUUGCUCAAUAAAAGUUUUAAAAUUGUACCAAACGUCUGUUAAAAGACAGACAUUGUUACCAUUUUUCACAAAUAAACUAUGUUGUUAAAAAAUUCUUUUUAUUUGACCAAAAUAAUUUUUAAAAAUUCAUCAGUAAUUUUCCUUCAUUUUUUUUUGUCAAUAAACGAAUCAAUAAGACGACAGAAUUAUAUUUACACGUAUGGUAGAUAUUCUUCGUCAAUAAUAAGCGAUCGUGUCAGUAAGUGCUUAGCGAUGUGUAGAAUUUAUAUUAUAAAUUCAUACUGUAUAUUAUAUACAUAUUAAUGUAUCUACAAAGUAUCUAUAGUUUAUAAACUUCCUAUACUCCUAUAGUAUUUUGGAAACGAUUCAUAAUUAUGAAAAACCGCGAACUAUGUGUUUAACUAUUUUUCGAAGAGUUACUCUACCUCCUCAACCCUUUUAAAAGAGUAGUCCCUUGAAAUUAUCGAAAUACGUUUCGUGAUUUUGCAUAAUUUUCCAAAAUAUAGAUGUGGGAACAGAUCUUAUAGACACUUUGUAUACAUAAUAUUAAUAUUAUAGUUAACAAUAAAUGAAAUAAACUUAUUGUCGCCAAUGAUAAUAAACAAGAAAUAAAUCCGUUAAUCAAUCGACAUUCUGGUAAAUUUAGUUUAUUAGAUAAAUUUUUCGUUUUUUGUUCCUACGUCUUGAUUGUUGUUCUUACUCGUGAGUAAAACUGACUGAUCUUUUUCAUAUUGCCAAAAGUACACAGCGGCUUAAUUCUGAUAUCGCUUCUUCGGGUCUAGCAUUUCUGUCUUCCCUCGAAUAACAAGUUAUACGAAAUUCCCUGAUGCCGCCGCCCACUUUCGGCAACACGAAAAAGAUCAGUCAGUCUUGCUCACGAGUAACAAACGAGACGUAGGAAAUGAACAAAGAACGAAAAUUUUUGAGGAAGCCAGAGGUCUUGCUAUACUCUAGUCUACGAUAUCACAGAAUGAUGAUCCGAAGAAACGGAUCACCAUUAAAUUUGAAAGCGAAGCAGAAGGAAAAAAAGAGUCGCAAAAAGCCGCUUGUGAUUGGAAUCGUUCAUUGGAUUCUAGAGAAGAUUAACUUCCCUUACCAAAUUAAAAAAAUUAGUCUUACUGGAUCUGUUUAAAAAAUUUAAGUAAAAAAGGUGCAGGCCGAUUAAACGCGGACGCCUGUAGAUCAAAUUCUUAUGCAUAAGAUUCACUGUAUUCAAACUGUCCAAUGUCCGAUAUACGAUGUUCACCGAAAAAUUUUAUUAACCCUCCACCCCCUCCCCCCUCCAUUAUCUAGUCAGAAGUCAGAAUCCGCUAGUGGAAUCGGUCACCAUCGUAUUAAUUAAGUCAAUUGCAUGUGCAAAAAAAAAAUUGUUGCACAAACAGACAGAAGUUUAUCUAAUAAACUAAAUUUGCCAGAAUGUCGAUUGAUUAACGGAUUUAUUUUUACAAUAUUAUAAAUUUAUAUUAUAAAUUUUAUAUGCAUCGCGAAUUGUAUGUAUCUGAUAUAAAACAAAAAAUGACGGCUUACACAGCGGAUUUAUUUUUUUAUAUGCAUACGCAGCAUUUUGAGAAAGCGUGUAAGUCGCACAUAUAUAAUAUGCAGUAACUAACGUCAAAUUAUUAGACACAGCUAGCUCGAUAAAUCGAUUAAUUUCGUAUUUUGCGUUACUAUUAUUAUAACGGAAGGUAAAAUUAAUUUCUAAAAAAGUAACGUUUUAUAUAAGGCAGUAUUACCGAAACAGUUAUUACUUGAUACUAAAUAACUGGUAGUAUAAUAAGUUUAUUCUGUUGCUUUAGCAUGAGCUUGUGCAAGAGUCUGUUGUUUAUUGAUCAUAAAAGGAAAUUUUUAUAAAUCCAGUUAUGUAUAUAUAUAUAUAUAUAUAUUAUACAUGUUAGUUAUGUAAACAUGUUGAUACGAUUUUAAUAUGUUAUUUCUUAAAUUUUUUUAUAAAUUAAUUUUUUAUGCAAGAUCUGCGCGAUUUGUGAGUAUUAGGAUAAUUCAAUUAAAAAAUAUCUAUCAGCUCACAGACUGACAGAUGCCGAAAUAUGUCGGAAGUGUUAUGUAUCUAUGUCGAAGUUCUAUUGUUUUAUGUAACAAAUAUUUGACAAAUACUGUAAAUCACUGCGAUUUUAAGCAGUGCACCCGCUUUUACGAUUAAUCUUAUGUUGAGAGAAAUAAAGAUUAUACUUCAAACAAAAAAAA